UAUCAUUCCUCACAAAUUAUUUCGGGCCCACAUACAAGAAGAUUACAAGUCGACUACUAUAUAUAGAUCCUCAUGCCUCCUACAUACCCUCAUCAAGCCAUUUCAAAUUGAAGUCAUUUCGAUAUGGCUGCUUGUUCAUUAAUAUCUCCGUAUGAAGUUACUACCUUCAUUCCAACAAAACAGACUUCUACCAUGGAUGAUGUUAAGGUGACGUGCAUGAAAGACCCCAACUACAAUUUAACCGUCAAAGAUGGCAGGGUGGUUUUUGCUCGCGCUUCUUCAAAUGCAUGUCAGCACUGGUGCAAGCAUGAGGAAUAUGCCAAGGGAAAGGUGGACAAAUAUGGCCGCAAAGCAUUUGCUCUUGUUAAUAAUGGUACUGGUCAGGCCCUGAAACAUUAUGCAGACGGUAAACAUGUGGAGCUGGUGGACUUCGAUCCCAGUGAUUUGGACGAGUCUCUACUUUGGACGGAUGGAUCUUCGUGGGGCAAAGGUUAUAGUCCUAUCUGGAUGAUUAACAAUGUUAAUAUGAAUUUGCAAGCUAAAGAUGGGGUUGUCCAUAGUGGCUCUACAGUUCAGAUAGCGAAUUGGAAUGGUGGUGGACCUAACCAGCUCUGGAAAAUUGUCCCCUAUUGAGGAGGAAGUCGCUAUGAUGUUGCCAAUAGCCAUCUAUCUACAUAUAUAGAUAUGUGUGUGUAUGUAUGUAUAUUCGGAAUAAAACCUUGUUGUGUAACAAUAUAGCUGUUACAACA